ACUAGUGGGGCAACUAAGCAACGACCAGAGAAAUAACCUUAGGAGCUCGGUGCACUGUAGUUUCUGCCUGAAAUAAUGUCUGGCGUCCCGGCGCUUCAGUCUCCGAGGUGACCGAGGUCUGAGCAGCAGCAGCCGGGAUGGCGCUGGUCACCGUCCAGCGGUCGCCGACACCGAGCACUACCUCCAGCCCCUGUGUGUCUGAGUCGGGCAGUGGUGAGGAUGACCGCCGCUCCCAGCCCAGGAGUAUCAGUGAGAGCUUCCUCACGGUGAAAGGUGCAGCCCUGUUCCUUCCCAGGGGUAACAGCCCCACGCCUAACUCUGCACCUCGCAUCAGCCAGCGCAGGAACAAGCACACAGGUGACCUCCAGAAACAUCUUCAGACUAUGUUCACUGUGCUGCGGCCGGAGGACACCAUCCGACUGGCUGUGCGUCUGGAGAGUGCUUACCCUCAGGUAACCCGCUACAUGGUGGUGGUCUCCACCAACGGUCGACAGGACACGGAGGAGAGCAUCGUGCUUGGCAUGGACUUUGUCUCCUCUGAUAGCUGCUGUACUGUGGGUCUAGUCCUACCUCUGUGGAGCGACACUCUGAUCCACUUGGAUGGAGAUGGUGGUUUCAGUGUGUCGACAGUGAACAGGGUUCAUGUCUUCAAGCCAGUCUCUGUCCAGGCCAUGUGGUCAGCCCUCCAGUCACUCCACAAAGCGUGCGAGGUGGCUCGCUGCCAUAACUACUACCCAGGCAGUCUGUUCCUGACCUGGAUCAGCUACUACCAGAGCAGGAUCUCCUCAAACCAGUUCUGUAUCAACGAGUGGAACGCUAUGCAGGAUGUGGAGUCGCACCGUGCAAACUCCCCUGUUCUCUUCACAGACCUGCCCACAGAGAGAGAGCGCACAGAAAGGCUGAUCAAGAUGCGCCUCAGAGAGAUCAUGAUGCAGAAAGACUUGGAGAACGUCACCUGUAAGGAGAUCCGAACAGAGCUGGAGAUGCAGAUGGUGUGUAACUUAAGGGAGUUUAAGGAGUUCAUAGACAACGAGAUGAUAGUCAUCCUGGGACAGAUGGACAGCCCCACUGAAAUCUUUGAACACGUCUAUCUGGGUUCUGAGUGGAAUGCCUCUAACCUGGAGGAGCUGCAGAACAGUGGAGUGCGGUACAUCCUGAAUGUGACCCGGGAAAUAGACAACUUCUUCCCGGGGAUGUUUGAGUACCACAACAUCAGAGUGUAUGAUGAGGAGGCCACCAACCUGCUGGAGUACUGGAACGACACCUACAAGUUCAUCACCAAAGCCAAGAAAGCUGGUGCUAAGUGUCUGGUUCACUGUAAGAUGGGCGUGAGUCGCUCUGCAUCCACAGUGAUUGCCUAUGCUAUGAAGGAAUACGGCUGGGACCUAGACACUGCAUUCGACUAUGUAAAAGAGAGACGGGCUGUCACCAAACCAAACCCUUCCUUCAUGAAACAGCUGGAGGAGUAUCAGGGAAUUCUGCUGGCCAGCAAACAAAGGCAUAAUAAGCUAUGGCGCUCCCACUCUGACAGUGACUUGUCAGAUCGCCCAGAGUCAAUGUGUAAACCUUCUUUCGCCUCUCUGGGCCACUCUGACUCUCACAACAACAACGCCUCCUCCCCCUCCUUACAUCACUUCCUGGGCGUGGCUGUGCUCCAAGCGCUUGGUGCUGAACCUGAAGACUCUGCCAAAUCAAACACCGCGCACACACCCCGAGCGGCCACUGUGGUCCCAGAGGAAAGACUGGACAAUUCAGCGAGUGUGGCUGUCACUGUGCCUGUUGCUGUACCCCACCCCCCACCAUCGCUCCACAUCCUACCUCCUACUCCCAAACUCCAGCGUGCUCACAGGGGUCCUCCCACACAUCUGUCCAUUUUAGUGCCCAAACACAAACCAACGGAACUUGAUAACAACAACAACCCUAGUGAGUUACAGACAGGCAGUGCCUUUGAUAGCCGCGGCGAGGCCGAUGGGUCAUCAAACCACAGCACAGACAGCAUCAACUUCUUCAGCGCCAGGGAAAAGUUUCUGGGCUUGGCCCAAGAUGGCAGAACUCGGACACUUUCAGAGCAGGCAUCUCCUCAGUCAGAAGACAGUGUCGAAAAAGCCAAUCCUGACCGAACUCAUCAUCCUCACCAUGACAACGGAAUAUCAGUCCGCCAUAUUGUUACUGAGAUCGAAGCCAUAUGCCACCCAGCGUCUUGCCUCCCUCUGACUCCAUCCCCCUCCUCCUCUUCACCACUCCCUCCAUCCUCCCACAGCCCCCAGCUCGUCCGACAGAAUCAUCAUCAUCAGGAGGAGGCAGAGUGUUCUGAAGUCACACACGGCUCUUUAACUCCACCUUCGCAGCCACCGUCCCCCUCCAUGCUGCCAUGCGACUGGCCGGCGGGCUCGGUGCGGCGGGCCACCAAGCAGCUAGAGCAGAAGCUGAGGCAGGAAAUGGAGAUGGCGGCGUCUCAGCGAUCCCCGCUGCAUUCCCCCAGCUCCGAGCACCCUCCUGUCAGACUGUCCCCAUGCUCGCCGAGUGCUGAGCAGUCCCCCCCUUCGCUCCCCUCAUCACCCCACAGAACAAAGUAUCACUCAGGGAGAGAUCAUGGCUGCAGGAGUCAGACACAGAUGAGAGGCUGGAGUCCAGUUCCUGUGGCAAUCGAGGGGGCUGCAGCCCCGGCUGUGAUGCCCAGAGCAGGCUGGCUCGAUGGCAGUCAGGAGCUGGAGAGGAUUCAGCAGACCCUGAGAGAGCUGCAGGCUUUCCUCCACGAGGGUGUCAGCCUGGAGACGACGGACAGCGAAGUACAGGAACUGGAGCAGCCUCAGGGGCUGAGAGAUGCUAUGGACACAGAGCCAGGACCUUGCAAAGGAGCAAGUUCUGAACAGACCCCUCAAGGCCUGGAAGUAGGGCAGCAGCUCCUCGAGAGACGAGAGGGGAAGAGUUUCCUGGAGCCAACAGGGUGGCACAGAGCCAUGGAACUCGAGGCUCGCAUUCGCCAGGCGGGACUCACCCCCCCUUCUCUCAUGAAGAGGUCGGCCUCCUUGGCUAAGCUGGACUGUCUGGAGCUGUCAGCCAACGACCUCAGUGACCUAGACCUGAGGCCACACACCAGGACAUCAUCAUCACACUCCCAGGACUCUUUCUCAGCAUCCCCUUCUCACCCUGACGACACUUGGAAGAAGCAGAAAGUGUUGGCUCGAAACACUAGUGUGGAAAAGACUGGUCUGUCCCGUGACAAUUCAUCUUCGCCUCGGUCCCUCAGCCUCUCCUCCGCCCUGCACCGUCGUCCAAAAGAGGAGACAGGUGAGAGGGAGGAGCCAGAUGGCAGCGGGAGCAGCACAGUCACUACAUCACGUCAGCAGGGGAGGGGACACUCAUCUAGACGUUCUCGCAAAGCGUCCGCUGAGAAAAAGCAGCGAGCCGUCACUGUGCUAUACAAUACCAUGUAACCUCAGUGCAAUGGACUGGAAUGGACAUGACUGGAGCUGUGCACAUGUGUGAGAGAGGCUGCAUGAUGUGUAUGAAUGUGUAGCAGGUAAAGUGUAGACCUUGUGUAACCUCUGAUGUAUGUACGUACUGCGUAAGAAUUGAAUGAUGAACAUAUGUUUGCAUGUAAACCACUGGAUGCGUUGUUUCAACUGGAGUUGAGGUUUGUAUGUACAGUAAUGAAAUAUGAAUGUCCAAACUAAGACUGAACUGGUGCAUACUGAAUGCACUCCACUAUGUCUGUGUCCCUUUUUUAAAAAGAAGCCUUUGUUUUCAGUGUGUGACCCUCGCUGCCUGUUCAGAGUUUCUACAGCAACAGCAAAAGGGGCUUUUUCUCAUAACAUGCACUUUACUGUUUAGAUGAUUUUCUUUUUAUUUGAAAUCUGUUUUUUACCCUGGGGGAAGAUUCGUUUGCACUGAUCUCAGUAGACUUGUCUCUGUAUGUUUUUGCUUUCGAAGUGGAUAGACAUGUCUUUAUUCAGAUUUUUAAUUGAACCAGGACAAAGCUGAUAUGUUUUUUUUAAUUCAGUGCUUUAGCAGUCAAUAAAUGUGGUGAGUUUGUUUUGACUGCA